AUGCAUUGUGCUGCUUUGCUGCUGGUUCAGCUAUUGCUCCUCACAUCCCGUACACUAGCAGACGAUGUUGGCUUCGACUAUGAUUCGACAAACCUGGCUGCGUGGGAACACGAUUACGGCCACUAUCCCUAUCGAACAUUCGAGUCUUCCGAUUUGACACCUCCGGCCGUGGCACACAAGAUCGAUUUACCAGCAUGUCACGAUGGGUUGCUGACGUUCCUUACACCCCGGGGCACCGCCGUGAACGAGAGUCGUGGUAUGGUCAUACUCGACGAUCAAGGAGAACUGGUAUGGAUGCAAAAGACGGAAGGACAACCCUACAACCUUGACGUACAGACGUACCAGGGCGCUCCACACUUGACCUACUGGCUAGGUGAUGAUACUGUUGGAGGUCAUGGCGAAGGUGACUACUACAUGCUCAACUCGUCUUACGAUCUGGUCGCAAAGAUCUCUGCCUUGGACGAACUACACGCCGAUUUACACACCCUGAGUAUCACACCGAAUGAUACCGCCAUUAUCAGUAUCUACCAACCAUAUGAGAAAGAGAAGGGAGGACAAUUACAAUAUAUCUGGGAUUGCCUGUUUCAGGAGAUCGAUAUAGCGACCAACAGCCUCAUCUUUCAGUGGCGUGCUUCGGAUCAUCACGAUACUUCGGAAUCAUACCAUGACCCACGAUACAAGGAGGAGGGAGCAAGCAACCAGACGCAUUGGGACUGGUACCAUCUCAACUCUGUGGAGAAAGACGACUUGGGCAACUACCUUAUAUCGGCUCGAUACACUCAUUCUAUAAGCUAUGUUGAUGGUCAGACUGGCGACCUAAUCUGGACACUCGGCGGCAAGCGCAACAUGUUUACAUCUGACGACCACGCAUUCGAUUUCUCGUCUCAGCAUUUCGCUCAGUUUCAUUCGAUUGAUGAGUUUCCAAGUCUGAUCGCAUCAUUCGGUGCUAGCCAAGCAGGCAUCACUACACGAUUGAUCAGUCUUUUUGACAACAGAAAUGACGAUACUUGGGAUUCUGGAUUGGCUUCGAGAGGACUGCUUCUCGCCAUUUCUUAUCCCACUCAUCCUGACCCUAAUGGCGAGAUCAACAAAAACGAUUAUAGGGCUCGCAUCGUCCACGAAUAUCUCCACCCCAAUGAGCUGAUCGCCGACAGUCAAGGCAGCUUGCAGGCAGUUCCUGCCGUAGAUGACAAUCAAGAUCCGAAUAUCCUGGUGGGGUGGGGUGCACGAUCAGUAUGGUCUUCAUACACCGCCUCGAGCAAGCUUCUAUGCGAUACUCGUUUCGGUACAGAAGCUGCCAUUCUCAAUGGAAGUGUUCAGAGUUAUCACGUAAUGAAGUAUCCUUGGGUUGGCUUACCGAGCGAGCCUAUUUCAACUGUCUACAACUCUGAUAGAGACAGCCUUUUCGUCUCCUGGAAUGGGGCUACUGAGGUUGUCUCGUACGCACUCCAGCACAAUGACAACAGUGGCGACUACUCUGCUGAUUGGAUCUAUAUCAGUAUUACUCAGAAGGCAGGGUUCGAAACAGAGGUCGUUAUUGGCGACUGCGUAACCAGAUUUGUGCGUGUCAUUGCGCUAGACGCCGCAGACAAUGUGCUAGGUAUCUCGGAAUCCAUUGAGCUCCCUUUUACUUCGGUAAGCAGCUUCUCCCUGGUUGCAUUGACGCCUUUGCACUAA